AUGUACAGCAGCAGCUUCCUCUCGCUAACCAGCAGGAGUGCCGAUACAGAAAGAUCAGCAGCAGCAGCAGCAGCAGCACCAGCACCAGCAGCACCUGCAGCACCAGCAGCAGCAGGACCAGCAGCAGCAGCACCAGCAGCAUCAACAGUAGCAGCAGGACUAGCAGCAGCAGGACCAGCAGCAUCAACAGUAGCAGCAGCAGGACCAGCAGCAUCAACAGUAUCAGGAGCAGAAGCAGCAGCAGCAACAGCAGCAGCAGCAGAUCCUGCUGCUGCUGCUGCUGCUCAUGCACCCCGCAACAGCAGAGCAAGCCUUCUACCAGGUCUGCAGAGAGGAUUAGGAGGGAUAAGAAAGAGUUUGGCUUUCAUCAUCCCUAAGAAGCAAGAUCUGUCUGCUGGUGCUGCUGCUGCUGCAGCAGCAGCAGAUAAUGCUGCUGCUGCAGAUGCUGCUGCAGAUGCUGCUGCUGCUGAUGCUGCUGAUGCAGCAACAGAAGUCAGCCUGCAUAGCAUUCAAGGAGACUAUACACCAGCUGAACUCUCGAUUGCUGCUUCGCAGUCUAGCAGCUACCUUGAACCUGCUGCUGCUGCUGCUGCUGCUGCUGGAGGCUCCUUCGAAUCUGUAUAUAAGGCAGCUCCUUCUGCUGUAGAGAAGAACCGCAGCAGCAGCAAGAGCAGCAGCAGCAGCAACAACAACAACAACCACAGCAGCCACAGCAACCGCAGCAACCGCAGCAACAACAGCAACCACAACAGCAGCAGCAGCAGCACGGCACAAGGUUCGAUAAUAUCUUUGCAUCAUGAAGACGCAGAAGCAGCAGCAACAGCAGCAGGAGAAAAAGCAGCAGCAGCAGCAGUAGCAGCAGCAGCUGCUGCUGCUGCUCUUCCUGAAGUCAAUCCAAUGACGCGACUGCUAGCGCAUAUAUUGGUGGAGGGACAGACGGGUCCUGCUGCUGCUGUUGCUGCUGCUGCUGCUGCUGCUGCUGUCCACCG